CCUCUCACCUCUCUCUUUCCCUCCCUGUCUUAGUCAUCAUAGGAUGUGUCAAUGUUUCUAUCAUUUUAGAGGUCAUGCCCACUGGAGCGAAGAGGAGCUGAUCUCCAGAGUGCCAAGGUGGUGCCAAGACACAGACUUUUUCCUCUUGCCCCCCCCAACACUGUGACACCCCACAGGCCCCCCCUGCGCCUCACACCCCAUGCCACGGCCGGUCCUCCUGAUGAGGCUAACUUACCCCACCUCCCCCCGUCCGUUGCUGUCGUAAAGAUUGUGGGGUAUAAAUGGAGGUGCGAGGUGGAGGAGAGGACUCAGAAAACUCUAAGAACCAGAUCUAGAACUACAGAACUAGAACUAAAGAACAUGAAGAUGAUGGACUCCAUUGUUGGGAGAAACUGGACACUGACCUUCCUGGCUGGGACUCUGCUCUGGACCACCCGUUGCCUAGCUGCUCCCAUGCAGUGUCACUUCAACUCUAAAGGCCUGUGUGUGUACGAGGGGAGACACUACUCCCUGGGGGAGUCUUGGAUGGAGGACGGCUGUCUGCAGUGUACCUGCCUGCACCCCAUGGGCGUCGGCUGCUGUGAGACGGUGCAUCGCCCGGUAGACUUCCCAGCUUGGUGUGAGGUUCGGGUGGACGCUCUAGCCUGUAAAGUGACCCUGGUGCAGAGCGCUGACCGUCGCCUGCCCUGCCUCCCUGGGAAUGGACACAACCUGGACCCCAGCCACGGCUCACGGGACAACUACCUGCAGAUGGUGGAGUAGACAGGGACCCCGGUCAGACAGUGGAGGGACGGCCUCAUUGGAAUGAAUGUCGCCAUUACAAUGAGCCCGUCCUCCGAUUUAAAGUGUCAACAGCCUCCACUGAAGUCGGGAAGAUCAACUCCCUCCACCGCCAACCAUCUCCGUCCAUGUCAGUGUAAUCCUAACGGUCCAUUCUCACUUCAGUUGCAGAUCAGUGAUCAGUUAACAUUUAAACCGCAUGAAUAUUACAAUACCUUAAGCAGUAAAUGAUACUCAGUUGAAAAGCAGAGGUGAGCCCACAUAAUGGAAUCCCUCAUUUACCACCCUGUAAUGCACUACUGUAAAGCUUUUAUAGUAAUAUAUAUAUAUAUAUAACUAUUGUUGUAUUUCUUCUGUCCU